CCAGAUGAUAUCAGUUCCUAGUUUGUGAUUGUAUUUGCUCCUCAAGAAGUGGGUCUGUUUGUAACACUAUCCUGGUCAAAUAAAUAAGAACAAGAAAAAGAGAAUACAUAUAUUGGGGAGUGGGAUAGCUGUUCUCAUUGGCCGGCUUGCUUCGGAGGUUGAAUCAGAACACUCCGCUCUAGUUGUAAAAUCAGUAAUGGCAUUUCUUGUGAAGAAAAUGACUCUGACGACCACUGUGUGAUUUAAUAUUAAGUUUGUGUGGAAUAUCUCUUACGUCUACUUUGAUUUACUUUUGAAGAUCCCAAGUUGCUUUUUUUUGUUGUAUCCCUCAAGAAUGACAUGUGUGAAGAAAAUGAUAAGAAACUUCAAGGAAUUUUGUUAAAAAGGAUGGCUUUAGACACCAUGAAAUUAUCAGAACAAGAAUUGUCCGAUGACAGAACACCAAUUGUCCCUUGGCUCCUCGGGAAAGAAAAUGAUGACAGGAUGAAAUUUCACCAGAGACUGGUCGCCAUUAGUGCUUUUCUAUUCCUGGUGGCUACAUGUCUCUUGUUCUUGGGAGACAUACCUAAAACCAUCCAGGGCAACCGAGGCAUCCAUCAUUUGACGUACCGAGAAUCUCCACUGAGGGGACUUAAAUACGCUAACAAUGACCACUUAAAUGUCAACAAUCAAAAAUGUUCCCUGUAUGAACACUUGAAUGCAGAAUCUAAUAUUUCUCUGGUGGAUUUGCGAUUGAAGAACAACUAUGAAUUAGCAGCAGGAGGUGACUACAUUCUACCGACAUUGACCCCGGGAAGAGAAUAUGGUUCCAAACUUCGACCUUUGAAGGUCAUUGUAAUGCCUCAUUCUCAUAAUGACGCAGGAUGGCUGCGGACCCUGGAGGAAUAUUACGUGUACACAACUAAAAAUAUCCUGAACAACAUGGUAGAUAAGUUAAGGCUGUACCCCAACAUGACCUUUGUGUGGGCCGAGGCUGUGUUUCUUAAUAUCUGGUGGAAUGAUCUGGAAGAUGACAUGAAAGUUCAGGUAAGAAGAUUGAUAAAGAACGGACAGUUAGAGAUAGUCAGUGGUGGAUGGGUGAUGCCAGAUGAAGCUUCCACGUCCUACUACUCAAUUAUAGACCAACUGAUGGAGGGCCAUCAGUGGAUCAUGGAAAACCUACAGGUCAAACCCAAAAACAGCUGGGCCAUUGAUCCAUUUGGCCACUCAGGCACAGUUCCUUACUUGUGGAAAAAGGCAGGUCUAGAGAACAUGGUCAUUCAGCGGAUACACCAAGCUACAAAAGGCUCCCUGGCUCAGAAAAAGAGCUUGGAGUUUCUAUGGCGACAACCUUGGGACAUCAAAGGAUCAUGGGAUAUUCUUUGUCAUGUGAUGCCCUACAUGUUGUAUACAGUUAAACACACAUGUGGGCCAAACCCCUAUAUUUGUAUGAUGUUUGACUUUCAAGUUCAUAAAAGGAAACAUAGAAGAACUUUUGCAGAACCGAUUUCAUUGAAAAAUGUACAAGAGCAAGCAAGGCAACUGUAUGAGCAAUAUCGCAGGAAAGCCAGUCUUUACAACUAUGACACGAUUCUAGUUCCGCUAGGCGAUGACUUCAGAUAUGAUUCAGCUCAGGAAUGGGACCAGCAGUAUCAGAACUAUAACAUGCUGAUACAGUACAUGAACGCCAGAGAUGAUUGGAGGAUUGACGUACAGUUUGGAACACUCAAAGACUAUUUUAAAAUCCUCAGAAAGUCUGAGAAACAAAAAACAAAACAACACAAUGAUAAAAAUUUCCCCACAGUCUCUGGUGAUUUUUUCCCUUAUUCUGAUAAAAGCAAUGCUUAUUGGAGUGGAUAUUUUACCACUAGACCACAUGCCAAGAAAUUCAGUCGGGAAGUAGAGAGAAAUUUACAUGCUGCCGAUGUCCUGAAUACAUUAGUAACAGGUUAUAGUCAGAAAUGGAACGUAAAAUACCAUACUUAUCAUGACAUUUCCAAUUUCCUGCAACAGUCCCGCAGAAACCUAGCUUUAUUUCUACACCAUGAUGCCAUCACAGGAACAUCAAAAGAGUAUGUAAUGCAGGACUAUGAAAACAAACUUUUCCAUUCUUACAAUUCUACUCAGAAAGUUAUUUCCAAUUCAGCCCAGUUUCUUCUCACAGGGGGAAACCUAGAGCUGCCCAUGAUACUGGAGCCAGAAGAAGUGAAAACAUCUUAUGACUCAGUGACCAAAAAACGAGUGAUACACGUUACAAAAACAGGAGUUCCUGUCAUUUUGUUCAACUCGCUGGCGAAAGCCAGGGUAGAAUUGACAUCUCUUCUGGUAGACACUGAUAAAGUCAUUGUCAAAACAAGAGAUCAUGAAGAGAUUCCCUAUCAACUCAAUCCAGUUUGGCAAACUAGUUCAUCGGUCCAUCAUAGUGAAUUUGAGAUCAUCUUUCUGAAAAAAUUAGCUGCCUUAUCUUUGGAAGUUGUGUACUUAUUUAAAGCCGAGGAAGAAAUUAAGUCUGUUUACCCAGCAAAAAUUUCUAUUUUCAAUUCCAUGGAGUUUAACAUUGCUCCAGAAUUGGUGUUUGAGAGGGAAAAGCCCAGAUAUUCUGGGAGUUAUCAGACAAAUAUUCCCCUUGAAAAUGAGUAUCUGAGAGCCGAAUUUGAUCCUAAGACAGGUUUACUGACAAGCCUGAAAGAUAAAAGAACAGGAAACAUAACCAAAAUGGAUUUGUCUUUCAUGCACUACAAAUCUCAAGGAAGUGGAGCAUACUUGUUCUACCCAAGCGGAGAGGCCAAACCUCUUCAUCUAGGGAUUCCCAUCAUCCACGUAAUGGAGGGCCCCUUUAUGUCCCAGAUUGAAGUCGUUCAUCCAAAUCUGAGACACAGUGUGAAGCUCUUCAGUUUAGCUGCGGAACAGGCCCAUGGCCUCCAUGUGCAGAACUUCAUGGACAUGAAUGGAAACAUAAUGAAAAACCUUGAAGACUCAGAAAUUAUCAUGAGAUUAGAUACUGACAUUAAAAAUUCAAUCUUUUUUACUGAUCAAAAUGGAUUCCAGAUGAUUGCUCGAAAAAGUAAUCCUAACCGGUAUGUUGAGUCCAAUUAUUUUCCAAUGACUAAUAUGGGCAUUGUGGAGGAUGCUCAUAGGAGACUGACUGUCCAUUGUGCCCAGUCACAUGGGGUAGCUGGGCUACACCCAGGGCAGUUUGAGGUCAUGCUGGACAGAAAAUUAACGUAUGAUGAUGACAGAGGCCUGGGGGAAGGUGUACAGGACAACAGACCAACACAGACUGAAUUUAUAAUUCAGUUAGAAUACAGAGAGGACAUUGCAGCAGAUACAAACGCUCAGCAGAUCUCAAAGCAACAUAGCAGUUUAGAAUCAUUUACAUUCCCAACCAUUCUAAGUAUGCAACUUAAUGACUUAUUACAGAAGCCUAUCAUUAAACUAUUUACGUCUGUCUCCACAGACAUGUUUAGGGAGGAAUUCCAACCGGUGGCUUCCCCACUGCCCUGUGAUAUCAGUCUAGUGCAUUUGAGAAACUUGGUCAACUCUGAACUAGAUUACACUAAUUCCAGUCUAGUGUUGCACCGCAGGGGUUACAAGUGUGGCUUCCCUACCUUAGAUGUCCAGUGUACACUAGGUUCAUCUGUAUCAUUAUCUUCCAUUUUCAAAGACUUGUCAGUGAGCAGUAUUAAAGAGGUUUCUCUGACUCACAUGUAUGAUAAGCAAACACUCUCACCCAGUUCAGAGUUAAACAUUCCACCCAUGGAACUCAUAACUGUACAGUUUUCACUGGAUAGCAAUAGGUAGCAGUUGUACGUUCAUCUAGAUUAUUGGAAAUGUCUUAACUUUUAUGAAAUAUCAUGUGAAUCUUGUAAUUAAUUAUUUGACCAUUAUUUAAUCGGAUGAUCAAUAGAGGAUUAAAAAUUUAAAAAAAAAAACAAUAAAACAAGUAAAGUUAUAAAGUCAUUAUAUUAACAGAAGCAGUAGAUAUUUAUGUUUCCUUUUGAAGUAAAUCAUUUCGGAUUAAAUGUAAAUGAAAGAUAUUAUUGUGCAAUAUUGUAAUGUUCCUAUUCAUUUCUAUGAGGUAUUUAAUUGUAACUAUCCAUCAUCAGUGUAUAUUUAUGAAGAUUAGACUUUCAUAUUUAGAUAUAGCCUCAAAGGCAGAAAAGAACCUAUUUUUACCAUGAUAUUUUUUGUAUAUUUUGUUAGAAUGCAAAAAUUCAAUUUCAAUAUUUUUGAAUGUGAAAAAUUUUCUUUACAUCUUGUCUUAAAAAUCUGCACCACCCAAUAAAUUUUUGCUGUCAAGCAAACCCUUUCAUUUACCAUAUGACCAAAUCUUAAUUUAAUUACUAGUAUUUUUGGCAUUUAAUUUUUUUUCAAUUUUCAAACAUAUUUUGGUGCAUAUAUGCAUUUACAUGAAUAGUCAUUGUACAUCCUUUAUAUAUGUAUGUCUAUGAGAGUAAAUAUUGGCAUUAUUGUUGCUGUACAUGUAUGUUUACAUUGCAACAAACAAAACGGUGUAAAUUUUUUGCAUAUACACAAUUAUGAUCCUAUUUUUUCCCUUUGAUUCAAACAUUCCACCUCAUAACUACAUGAUCUUGGAGCUUGCAUGAUCAUUGUUUUGUGUAUGCAAGUUUGCAGUGUUAUAUAUCAGAUGAAAUCACGUGUGUUAUUGCUACAUAUGUCAUAUUCUUGUAAUUCUUCCUAUAUGUUUGUCAUUCAUUGAAUGGAUAUGUAAAAAUAAAUAAACAGGAAAAAAGUU